AUGCAAGGAAUACUAAAAUUGAGAAGAGUUUAUAUGUUAAAUCAAGAACUUAGGCACACCCUUAAAUCGAUAUCUAAAGGAAACAAUCUCCUUGCACCAGUAUGUUGCUUACAAGAUGCAGUGCCCUACAAUUACCAGGAUGUAUUAGUGGGAGGUGAUGGUUCGGGAGGAAUGACAAGCUGUCUAUUAAGACUAAAUCCUAUAUCGAGGGCUGUGUUCAAUAGCUUGCUGGAGUUAGAGGGAGUGGAACUAAAGGGAUCAACCCCAUCUCCUCCAUCUGCAUUGGCUUGUACCCCUUAA